UGUGGGGCAGGAUGAGAUUGCUCACUCGCUUUCUUUCUUUUCCUUCUCCUUAUCGGAUUAUUUUGCAGCAGGACCCACAUAUCCUCUCUCCCUCCCUCACACACACACUGGCUCUCUCUUAGGUUGCUUUUAUUUUUAUUGUAUUACUCUCUUGUGCAACAGGGGGCGGCAGAAACUAAGGGUGGCCUUGAUUUUUCUCUUUAGCAUUUUAAACACACACAGAGUGUUUGGGGUAGAGAGAGAGAGAGAGAGAGAGAGAGAGAGAUCUGGUCCUUGGUCCUGUGAGUUGCUACCUCUACAUGCCUGAGCCAGCAGACAAAGCAAGCACGGAUGAAGUUGGUACGGUUACUCCGGGGCUUGCCAUUUCCUCCUUGGGUCAGAGGAAUCACAGAGACUCCCCUGCCCCCUGUCCACUACUGAGCUGAAAAUCCACCUCUGGGAUUUAACCUGCUGCUCCUGAAUUUCCUCCUCUCCUGUCUGUCUCACUCUGCUUCGUCAUCCCACCUUCCCCCUUCUUCAACACUCCCUGGACCAGAGCUGGAUUCUGAUGGAACUGCCAAGAUGUUUAUGUCCAGAAUCCUGGAUUUUCAGAAGACAAGAUAUGCCAGGUUUAUGAAUCACAGGGUUCCAUCCAACCGGAGAUACCAGCCAACGGAGUAUGAGCACGCAGCAAACUGUGCCACGCACGCCUUCUGGAUCAUCCCCAGCAUCCUGGGCAGCUCCAUCCUCUACAUCCUCUCAGAUGACCAUUGGGAGACCAUCUCGGCCUGGAUAUAUGGGUUUGGCUUGUCUGGCCUCUUCACUGUCUCCACUAUCUUUCACACCAUCUCGUGGAAGAAGAGACACCUCAGAACGGUGGAGCACUGCCUGCACAUGUUUGACCGGAUGGUGAUCUACUUCUUCAUAGCAGCAUCUUAUGCACCCUGGUUGAACCUGCGGGAGUUGGGUCCCUGGGCCUCCCACAUGCGCUGGAUCAUCUGGAUCAUGGCAUCUAUUGGAACCAUCUAUGUUUUCUUCUUCCAUGAGCGGUACAAGCUGGUGGAGCUGGUGUGCUACGUUAUCAUGGGAUUCUUCCCUGCCCUGGUGAUCCUUUCGAUGCCGAACCAAGAUGGCCUCUUGGAGCUGAUGGCUGGUGGGCUCUUUUACUGCCUGGGCACGGUGUUCUUCAAGAGCGAUGGGCGCAUCCCCUUUGCCCAUGCCAUCUGGCACCUCUUUGUGGCAACCGGAGCGGGCAUCCACUACUAUGCCAUCUGGCAGUACCUCUACCGGCCCAACGCGCUGGAGGCCAAGACGUCCAGAUAAGAGCCCCAAGGACAUGGGACACACCAAUCGGCACUUGGAGGCAGAUUUCCCAAGGAGCUUGGCUCUGUUUCCUGCCAGAAAGCCAUUGCCAGGGCCCGCUCCCCUGAUGGGAGGGAGUCUCUGGUGUCCAUCUCCAGCCAAUCUCAUGCAGACGGAAGAGCCCAAAAGGUUUUUUUUAAACUGAUUUUAACCUUGUAUAGGGUUCGGUUGUUAGGCAAAUGUUUCAUAACAAAAUGAACAGUGAAUGGGGUUGUUGGCGGAGCGGACGGACCUGACCAGGGCAAUGGUCUUUGUGCUAAGGCUGUGUUCACAUGGUCCCAAACAACCUUGAAACUUGCAAAACCCUCAUCCAAAAUGGGAGCCCUGAACCAGCAGGAGCCCAGUCUCUGCCGUUCCGGCUGCUGGGCCCUCUGGUGAUGCAUGAAGGUGGAUAGGCGGAAUGGACACUUAACGCCAGUGAUCAACACCAGGAUAAGAGCAUAAGGUACCGGUUUGUUUCCCACUCUAACGAGCCUGAUAGUUAAGGGAACAACUUCUUAAACAAGGCUCCUUGAUUCUGCCCAGAAAGGAGAGCAGGCAGGAGAUGCCAGACCUCACAAGAGUCAACCAUGUCUGUCAUCUGAUGGGGCUCUUUUUUAGGGUUUUUUUUUCCUGAAAGGGAUAGCCCCCCACUCCCUCUGCCCCCACUGUACAACUAACUUCAGGGAAAGCAGGUUCUUGUAGCAGCAGACGAACAAGGUAAACCUGAGCUUGGUUUAACCAGGGGCAGUUAAGAUCACGUUUCCCCGGCCCACAGCGUUCUGAAGGCAGAGAGUGGGGUUGGAAAAGAAGUUCUGGGUUUGGCCAGUCUGUAGCGGCAGGAUAAAAUCUUAGUGUGAUUGGGAUCCCAAGUGUGGAGAUGGGAUGCGAAAGAAAUCAGGGAGCCUGCCUCACCCUAGGAUGAGUUAUCACUCAUAGGACCAAGUUCAACUCUGGCCUAGGGACCGAGUGGCACUGGGGUUGAAUUCCCAUUUUUAAUAGAGCUGCCAGUGUCGCAGUCUGCCAGAGAAGGUGCAGGGCUGGCCGUUCCUAGGCUUCUGAUGGGAGAGUUGUUUCCAUUGAUGUUUUAAAUCUCGUCUCUGUAGAGUGGGGAGGAUUCGCACCCUGUAUCUUGUGCACAGAUCUUCAGCUGUAUCCAGAGGAAGCCACUCCCAUUCUAGGGCUUUCAUCACCCUUGUUUCCAUGCAGAGAUUUCGGUGCGUACGUCUAUGCAGCCCAAAGAGAACCCGGCCAGCAAGUCUCAGAGCCUGGGUUGACUGCCUGGGGCUCGCGCUGCAGGACUAAACACAGCAGUGUAGACAUUCAAGUGUGGGCUGGAGCCUGGGCUCUGAGACCCUCCCACCUCACAGGGUUUCAAAGUCCAGGCCCAGCUCAAACAUCGACAUUGCUAUCUUUAGCCCUGCCUCCCCAGCCCCCAUCAGUUGACUCUGUCCCUGAGAUUUGCUGCUGUGGGGUGUUUAGCUGUGUAGAUCUAUCCUUAGCGAUUUCACUCCUUCUGUAGCCUUUAGAAAGGCUCUGUAUAUGCAAAGGGGUCUAUUCUUCUCUGCUCUCCUCCUCCUGCUGCUGGGUGACGUUCCCUCAACUUGCCACAGACCCUCUAGUUACUAAGGAGGUGUCAAAAUGUGCAUGGUCAGCAUGCCAGAACAGUGGGCUAAGCACCAGCAGUUUCUAUUGACUUCUACUAAGAUUGCAGGUGUGCAGCACUUUGGAAAAUCUGGGUUGUCCAAGGCUUUGGUAUGCUGCAAAUAGGGCAGGGGUGAAAGCCAGUACGGACCGGUAUGGUGUACCAGUAAGUAGCUGGUACCAGCCCGUACGCAGCCCAUGUUAACAUCGUUGCCCCUUUUGCCCACCCCAGGCCGCUGACAGGGCGGGGCAAAAGGGCAGCUGCCCCAGGGUCGGCAAUUUAAAAGGGCCAGAGGCUCCUGGCCACCACUGCUGCUACUGCGGCAGUGGCUGGAGCCCCAGGCCCUUUUAAAUCGCCACUGGAGCCCCAGGCGGCAGGGGCCAGGCAGCGCGGAUUGGCUGGCUGGAGGAGGCUGACCCCCCCCCAAGGCCCGCCCCUUCUGCCUAAGGUCCGCGCCUUCUGGGGGCCACAGCUGACUCUCGUACCGGUAAGAAUUUAUUAUGACUUUCACCCCAAAAAUAGGGUCUGGUGAAGGCGUAACCUGGGGGCAGAGGUCUUGAAGAAUCAGUUCAGUGGAAACCCCAAAUUGCAAGAGUGUCUCUUGGCUGCAGUAGGAUUUGGCCUCCAUGCCCUGGGAUUCAGUUUUUACCGUAGUUCCCAGGCCUUAGUUACAGAAGGGAGAUAGGAGAGAGUUUUUCUAACAGAGCCAGGGCAGGCCUGGAACCCUGCACCUUCUCCCCAGGAUUUGAGGUUUGUUUUAAGUGUUUAAUCAGAUCACUGAAAGUUGUUGACAUCCCCUGUCCCCAAACACUGCUGAAUGGUAAUGUCUUAGUUUAUGUAACAAAGCAAACAAGCCAUCACCCUUGCUAGCCUCAGAGUGACCCCCUCCUCCCCGGCUGUAGAAUGGAGAUGGUUAUUUCAGCAGCGCAUCUGCCCUCACCAGCGCUCUGCAAUCCAAAGACCAGCUGAACUGAUAAGCUUCCAGCUGGAGCCAUCUAUUUUAUCUGCAGGUGCAAUACCUCAACUGGCCACAUGCGGAUGAGGGGGCAGCACUGAGUUGGGACCCCAGUGCUUGAAAUGGACACCGCCCAGGUUUGCUGGUGAACCAUAUGAUCUAUAAGAGCACUUUGUGGUUGGAGGGCCCAGGGUCAACAAAGGCUUCCACGUGACUGAAACUUGAAUCCAUUCCAGGACUCCCUAGAGUCCCUGAGCACUGGAAAACCUUGCAUCUAAGCCAGUAUUAAGCAGACAACUCUGUACAUUCCUUAUAGAUGGGCAUUCAGACAUUUCGUACAUGAUGCACUUUGCUUUCCUCCCCAUCUUCAGUCCCAGCUGUGGUUCAAAAGCGAGAUCCCCAUUCAAAGCCUUUGCCACUUGUGUGCCUUUGCCCGGCAGAGGGAAGAGGGUGAAUCUGGAUCAACCCUUCCAUCUGGCUGGAUCAUGAUUCACUCGAUAUCGUUUUUUGCAAACUAGAAAUGUAAACCUGAUAGAAUAAUCUAGAAAGUGUGGAUCGGGAUUCAGGGGUUUUGUGUGUCCUCCUUGUGCUGCAUGCAUUCUGUAGGCUACACUGGGGUUAGCUCCGUUCUCUUGAUGAUUGUCAGCAGCCUAGAUUUGUAGCUACUUUUAGGUGAAUAUUUUAGGUGAAUUGCUCCAAAACCCAUGUGUGAUGGACUCUUCCAUUUAGCAUGCAGUGGGUGUAUUGGGGGAGAUGGAUCACAAUGAUGCUAUAAUUUUGAGUAGAUAAUUGAACAGGAUUAUACUAAAGGACUUCCAUGUCAGGGUGGGAAACUCUGUUGUAUGACUAGAGCUCCACUCUUUGCAAUAUCUUCGUGCUGGCCCCUUAUAAAACACAUGCAUGGUAGUGGGAAUGGGUGUCAGGAGGCAGUUGUCAGCUAGGAAUGAAGGGCCUACUGGGGCUAAGGAUCUCCCUCAGGGUGAAUGUUGAUCAGGGCCGCCCGGGGGGGGAGGGGGGUCAAGUGGGGCAAUUUGCCCCAGGCUCUGUGUCCCGGAGA